CGCAGUGCGUUCUGAUUGGCGUAUGUGGUGAGCGGCUAUAGCAAUGGGCUGUAGGUAGGAAGUACAUCUUACAUAGGCUACAUAUAACACACAAAUGUGAUGGAUCAGGAUUUGUUAGUCAGUUAAUUGUUUUGUCUUCGUACCACUUCGAAGAUGUUCCCCGGUGUUUUCUAUGCACUCCUUGCGGGCUUCCUCGGAGCCGUCGCGUCUUCAUCAGCAAAACUGUCGCUUGGAGCCGAUUACCUCAAAGGGGUGUGUGAGACCGGGCUGAAAACAUGGGGAGGAGAGGAGAGAAAAUUUAGACAAGCGGACGAAACUACAGCUUGCGACUGGCUGCACAUUCCCCUGCGGCUGCUAUGUGGAGGGCUGCUCUUUACCUGUAAUGCUGUGAUGUGGACCUUCUUUGCCAAAGCGCUCAGGUACUCUUCCUCAUCUGCCAGGGCCACUGUGACCACCACCGCCUCAAACUUCAUAUCCUCAGCAUUCUUGGGGCAGCUCAUAUUCGGGGAGACUCAUGCUGUGCUGUGGUGGGUGGGUAUCUCCCUUACCCUCUCUGGGCUCCUGGUGCUGCACAAAUCAGCACCUCGUGAUGCCCAGCCGACCACAGCAAGGAAGGAUGAGUGAGGGCCUACCUGGUGACCUGACACAGCAACCGAUUGGCAUACUGACCACUCCUACCAACAGAGGGUUUUCCACAGUGACACUGAUAUCACGACAGCAUUGGGGACACAACAAGGCCAAAAUGUUCCUGAAGCAUAUCAACGUACCCAGAAAACUUCCUUCUCUGUGAGAUUUUUAAAGAAUGAGAGUGGAACAGUUGGUUUACCAGAUGUUUUAGGUCACUUUACAACUUGAUGCUUGUAUAAGACAUCAUGCACCAUGGAAAUGAUGUACAGCAGGUGAUAAAUUUGGUCCUUCCGUCAUGUAACACAAGAGUGUAAAAAAAAUAUGAAUCAUUGUAAAAAGAUUUUUCUUUUUUUUCCCCCUGCCAACAUGGCAUUGUUGAUCAGCAACAGGAAGAAUUGAGGUAGGCUACUAUUAUAGCAGGUCUGUUGUCCACUGUAGUUCUCUUACUGGCUCCAUAAUUUUCUUCCAACUAUUCCUGUGAUGUACAUGUAGAUUACCAGUGACAUCUUAUACACUGCUGCUAGUGCCAGAGAAUCCAGCCCAAAGUGCCCCUACACCUGUGUACGCAAAUCCUUCUGUUUACAACUGCAAGAGAUGCCUUCACAGAAUGGAGAGCUGCGGGGAAUAACUGUGAUAUUUACUAGUAAAAGAGCAUAAUAUUUAUUAGUACUGGAGCAUAACCUCCUAGUUCUCACCUGAGGCGCUCAAAAGACAAAUUUCAUACAAAUGAAAUUGAGUCAUCUCCCUGUGGUAGUGUGCUGAAAUGUGUUGCACACUUUGAGGUCACAGCUCUUUCUGUUGCUUCGUGUUGCUAACUUGUUGCUGACAUGCUCAGUAUGUGCUUAGAUGUCACAUAUACAAGACUGCUCUUUGCAUUUUGGCCCCUAUUUGGUUUUCAGCUCGUCCUCUGUUUCUCAUCUCACUGCAGUAUGGAGAACCGUUUAACUUCCUUUCUAUGGCCAGAGUCAACAUACAUUACAGGCACAAUAUCAAUUAAAUAAUUUCCUUUCACGAAACAAUAUCUUAAAAAUGUAAAAAUAUGGGAUUAAUUCAUAUCUUGUAUAUAUAUCAGAAAUAUCAUGUACACAUACAAAAAUGUUUUGAUUACUGUACAAUUCUAUGGAAGGGAUACAACGUAUUUUAUACGUCUUUCAUUUUUACACUUCCAUUUCCACUAUGUUGUUAUGGACCUCAAAAUAUCAGCGUAAACAUCACUCCACCUCUGCAUUCAUGAACAUCAGUUACAAAAAUUAUGAUAAUCUGACAUGUAUCAAUCAAAUUUCAGCAUCAGUACCAAACCAACCAUGGCCGUUAACUAUUACAAAUGCUUAUGCUGACAAAAAUGCUUUUAAAAUAAAAUUUCAGUUAUGCUUACAUUUAGCUCUUGGGAGAAAUAAUUGUAGUAUGAUGAAGGGGAGCGUCCUAUGGUGGUAAACAGAAUUUUCCUUUGCAAAGGUGGACCAUUUCAAAGCGAUCAAAUUUAUAGUUCCCUGUACGUUUUUGUGGAGGAGGUCAGGGGUAGCUUACCUGACUGGGAGAAGAGGUGACAUCAUGAGUCCAUUAUAUGUCUCAUGCAGGCUGGGUCGUCAGACACUACACUCACUAUCCCAGAGCACUGUGAAAGGGUUGGGUGGGGAUUGAACUACACAUAUGAUUGUAAAAUGGGGUUACAUUCAUUAGUGAUUGCAUAUUGCAUUCCUUUUGAUGCACAUAUAUGCAUGCAAUAAAAAAACGUACCUUCCAUCCGUGUGUAGCUCUCCAGACACAGCCUUCGUUUCCUGGAUUGGCAGUGAUUCCUGUCGUUUUGGGCUUGGGCUACGACCCACAUUAUACAGUGGAUAAUUCUGAGACACUGCUGGUCUUUGACAUUCUUUAGGUAUGUUCACUAAAGUCUGAUUUUCAGUUUGGCUCUAUGCAGACAACCGUCCUCCAUCCAGCAUGUCCUCUUAUGGAAAAUGUUUCUAGAAAAAUGGCAAAUACAUUUUUUCCCAAGUCUUAGAGUACCUGUCAAACAAGUUAUCCCCUCUGAAACAAAAAAUUAUGUUUUUUUUUAUGUGACUCUGGUUAAAUGACUGAUCCUAAAGCUGGAGACAAUGCACUGUAUUAUCAGACCAACUUCUAUAGUAUAAAACUGCACAGUAUCUUCAAAUCACCUUCCUAUUUGACGACUGCACUGUACCCUCAAAAUACCAUCCUAUUGGGUGAGACUGCACUGUAUCCUCAAACCUACUUCCUGUUGAAAUAAAAAAAUUAACUUUAUCCCUAAACAACCUUACUGUUGGAUAAGCCGCUGUUGUUUCCUCGUUAUGCAUCCAGUCAUGCCAGAAGAUCAGCUGUACCAUAUCCUGUGAACUUUCUGCAAAGAGGAAAAUGAAUAAACCUGUAUUUAUUCAAAUAGUGACUUUUGUUGUAAUAGAAAAUUGGCUCCCUG